UUAUAUGCUGUGUUUAUGGGUGUAGUGACAUUAUAGACCAGUAGAAGGCUCGGCACUUUAGCAUCAUGCAGCUAAAGAGCUAGUGUUGUGUCAAGGAUUCAUGAGCUACAUACAUCAUAGAUUCCAAGUGAGACCAAGCAAUGUCUCAGGUGGAGAAGAAGGCUGGUCUGCUGAGAAGGACUUCGUCCUCCAAGAAACCGCUAAAGGAGAAAGUAGUUUUGAUGUAUGAUGAAAUCUUCACAAAGGAUGACCCAGCUAAGAAUAACCCUCGCUUCUGGGAUGAGCUGUUUCUGAUGAAGGUAAACCUGGAGUACCUGGAGUCGAAGUUGGAGACUGUAGAUGGCGAAGAGGUACAACGGAUACAAGACAACAUCAACACACUCUUUCAUCACAGCGUUCAGGCUCUUGGAGAGGAGCAUCAGAUCAAAGUUGUCAAUGCUUUGCAGACAUUAUGUGCGCUUUUCAGAGGAGUUCAUCAAAAGAACAAGUCUGCAUCUGGCUUUGACAUCAUUAAUAUGCUUGUGGGCUUUGACAAGGCUGAGCAAAGAAUGAAGGACUUAAUGGAAAGACUGGAUAGCCUCCUUUGUGGUGAUGGCUCAGAGAGUCUUAAGAGUCUUUGUCUUAAACUUCUGCUUUGUCUUGUGACGGUAACAGAUAAUAUUAGCCAGAACACAAUCUUGGAAUAUGUGAUGAUCAACAGCAUCUUUGAAGCCAUACUACAGAUUCUUUCGGAUGGUUCCAGUAGAGGGCAGCAUGGUUAUGAUGCUGUUGUUCUUCUCGCCCUUCUGGUCAACUACAGGAAAUAUGAGUCUGUAAAUCCAUAUAUUGUGAAACUCUCCAUCGUUGAUGAUGAGCCAACACUGGAUGGAAUGGGCCUUGUUGUCCACCAUGCUUUAACAGAAUACAACAGGCAGUACAAAGACAAAGAGGAAGAACACCAAGGAGGGUUCUUCUCCACCCUCACUAGUAUGGUGGGGAGCAUGUUUAUAGCAGAUGCAGAUGAAAAGCUUUCUGUUCAGACCAAUGAAGCAAUUUUGCUUGCACUGUACGAGGCCGUUCACCUUAACCGCAACUUCAUUACUGUAUUAGCACAGAGCCAUCCUGAGAUAGACAUUGCAGCAACGCCAGCCAACCAAACUCCGACCACACCAACAACGCCCCUUGGCACAACGCCACCUUCUCUUGACAUGAUGAACAACCCCGAGCUCCCACUGGAUCCCAAUCUUCAGACAAGCAAUCUUCUCAUUACCUUCCUCAAAUAUGCCUCUAUUGUAAUGCAGGAUACUAAAGAUGAGCAUCGACUCAACAGCGCCAGACUGUGCCUCAUCAUUCUCACAUGUAUAGCUGAGGACCAAUAUGCUGAUGCCUUCCUGCAUGAUGACAAUAUGAACUUCAGAGUCAGUCUACACAAAAUGCCUAUGAGGCACAGAAAGAAAGGCGUGGAGAAGAACAUCCCUUGUCUACCACUGGUCUGUGCAGUUCUAGAUCUGAUGGUAGAAUUUGUUGUCACACACAUGAUGAAGGAUUUCCCAAUGGAUUUGUACUUGCGCUGUGUUCAGAUAAUUCACAAACUUCUAUGUUACCAGAAGAAGUGCAGAAUCAGGUUACACUACACCUGGAGGGAGCUAUGGUCAGCGCUCAUAAACCUGCUGAAGUUCCUACUGUCAAAUGAAACCACGCUGCUGCCCAAGCACAACAUCUUUCAUCUGGCACUACUGGUGGUAAACCUGUUCAACAUGUUCAUCACAUAUGGUGACACAUUUCUGCCCACGUCUAACAGCUAUGAUGAGCUCUACUAUGAAAUUGUACGAAUGCACCAAGUAUUUGACAACCUCUACUGUAUGGUGCUAAGAGUGUCAACAAACACUGGGCAGUGGAAGGAGCCCGCGAGUAAAGUCACACAUGCCCUUGUUAAUGUUCGGGCCAUCAUCAACCAUUUUAACCCGAAGAUUGAGUCAUAUGCUGCUGUGAACCACAUCUCACAACUUUCAGAGGAGCAGGUGUUGGAGGUGGUGCGCUCAAACUAUGACACGCUGACGCUCAAACUGCAGGAUGGUUUGGACCAGUUUGAGAGAUACUCAGAGCAGCCCAAAGAGGCGGCUUUCUUUAAGGAGCUGGUGCGCUCCAUCAGCCUGAAUGUGAGGAAAAACGUGUCUUUGAACACUUUGAGUCAGGAUGUGCUUCUCAAAGAGUUCUCAACCAUCUCCUGAGACCCAUCCACAUGUACAGACACACGCGCUAACACAAACUUGAACCUGUCCUCUUCAUUCCGUUUGGAAUGUGUCUCACGAGCCGAAAGCACCUUCUCAACGACUCUUUACCAUGGAUGCGGGUGUGGCUCCUUGUGUGCAAGCUUCAGUAUUGGCUGGACUGUUAACAUGCAAGAAUGUUUGCUUCCCAGAAGUGUUUUUAACCCUGUGUGAUUCCUGCUGUGAUACGGUGUGUCUAAUUUAUUUUCCCAAUUUGAGCUUCCGUUUCUGUACACUUUUGAUGACAUUUGGUCACGAAAUCAUGACAAAUUGCUGAUAGAAGACGAAGCCCUGGAGUUAUCAAAUGAAAAUCAUGAUUAACCAACUACUGUAUAGCUUACCAGUUAUUUCUUUUAACAGUAAAUGAAAUUGAAUUUGGUGAGGUUUUUAAAUAAGUAUGAUUUCUUUUCCACAUUGAUUUAUUUUUGCUUUGUCUGAAAAAAUAAAAAUGUAUACAAUCA